UUUAUUAUUCAUCUGGUACCUUCCUAUUAAACUUCGCCAUUAGCCUGUGAACUUUUCUUUCAGCUUCCAACAAAGGAUUUCAUUGCUUUAGGAAUUGAGGUGUGUCUAAGUUUUUACCUGGGAGCAAAAGUGAUGCAAGCGUUUCUGAUGAGACCAAUCCCGGGUUUAGGGUGGGGAGGAACCACAUAACAGGCCGUCUGUAGACUCCUGAAGAACGGCGGAGACACUGCAGAAGGGUUUCUCUUAGACAUCAGAUGCAGACGGUUGGAAGGACCGAGGCAGAAAUUCCCCUCAAUUUGUUGCCCAGGGAAAUCACAAACGAUGACUUGGUUCCCUUUCAGAACCACAGGGGCUCUGACCAUUUUAAUGGCAGUCCUACUGGUUCAUGGAGAAUUGCGAAUAGAGACAAAAAGACAACAUGGAGAAGAUGAGACAGCAGUACAACAAGCCAAAAGGAGAUAUAAACGUGAAUGGGUAAAAUUUGCAAGACCCUGCAGAGAAGGAGAAGACAACUCAAAAAGAAACCCAAUUGCCACAAUUACUUCAGACUUCCAAGCAACCCAGAAAAUUACCUACCAAAUUUCUGGAAUGGGGAUUGAUCAGCCCCCUUUUGGAAUCUUUGUUGUCGACAGAAACACUGGAGAAAUUAACAUAACAGCCAUAGUUGAUCGUGAGGAAACCCCAAGCUUCCAGAUCACGUGUCAUGCUCUCAAUGUCCUAGGACAAGAUGUAGAGAAACCACUUAUACUAACAGUCAAAAUUUUAGAUAUCAAUGACAACGCUCCAGUAUUUUCACAAAGUGUAUUUAUGGGCGAAAUUGAAGAAAACAGUGCUUCAAACUCACUGGUGAUGAUUCUAAAUGCCACAGAUGCAGAUGAACCAAACCAUUUGAACUCUAAAAUUGCCUUCAAAAUCGUCUCUCAGGAACCUGCAGGCAUACCCAUGUUCCUUCUAAGCAGACACACGGGGGAAGUCCGUACUUUGACCAGUUCUCUUGAUCGAGAGCAAGUUAGCACCUAUCGUCUGGUUGUAAGUGGUGCAGACAAAGAUGGAGAAGGACUGUCAACUCAGUGUGAAUGUAGUAUUAAAGUGAAAGAUGUCAAUGACAAUUUCCCAAUAUUCAGAGAAUCUCAGUAUUCAGCACGUAUUGAGGAAAAUACUUUAAGUUCUGAGUUGAUUCGAUUUCAAGUAGUAGACCGGGAUGAAGAGUUCACGGAUAAUUGGCUUGCAGUGUAUUUCUUCACCUCUGGCAAUGAAGGGCAAUGGUUUGAAAUACAAACUGACCCCAGAACUAACGAAGGCAUCCUGAAGGUGGUUAAGCCUCUAGAUUAUGAACAACUACAAAAUGUGCAAUUUAGUAUUGCUGUCAAAAAUAAAGCUGAAUUUCACCAAUCAAUAAUCUCUCAAUAUCGGGUCCAGUCAACCCCAGUCAUAAUUCAAGUAGUAAAUGUGAAAGAAGGAAUUUCAUUCCGUCCUCCUUCCAAGACAUUUACUGUCCAGAAAGGCAUAAGUAGUAAAACAUUGGUCAAUUAUAUCCUGGGAACGUACCAGGCCAUUGAUGAAGACACCAACAAAGCUGCCUCAAAUGUCAGAUAUGUUAUGGGACGUAACGAUGGCGGUUUGCUAAUUGUUGAUUCAACCACUGCUCAAAUCAAAUUUGUCAGAAACAUCGAUCGGGAUUCUACUUUCAUAGUUAACAAGACAAUCACAGCUGAAGUUCUGGCCAUAGAUGGAGACACAGGUAAAACUUCUACAGGCACCAUCUAUGUUAAAGUACCUGAUUUUAAUGAAAAUUGUCCAACAAUUGUCCUUGAAAAGAAAACAAUUUGUAGUUCAUCCCCUUCUGUGAUUGUCUCGGCGAGAGCACUGGACAAUGAUAAAUAUACUGGCCCCUACACAUUUUCACUGGAGGAACAACCCGUAAAAUUGCCAGUUGUGUGGAGUAUCACAACACUCAACGCCACCUCUGCCGUCUUAAGGGCCCAUCAGCAGUUAUCUCUGGGAACGCACAGAGUCUCCCUCAUAGUAACAGGUCAGGACAGGCUCUGCGAGACACCAGAGAGCUUGACUCUGGAAGUCUGUCAGUGUACCAACAGGGGCAUCUGUGGAACUGACGGGACUACAGACCCCGGGAACGUACGUGAUACGAAGUCAUCGAUGAGGCUAGGGCCUGCCGCCAUCGGCCUGCUGCUCCUCGGUCUUUUGUUGUUGCUGUUGGCCCCCCUUCUGCUGCUGACCUGUGACUGCGGGACAGGUCCUAUUGGGGGAAUGACAGGUGGCUUCAUCCCAGUUCCCGAUGGCUCAGAAGGAACAAUUCAUCAAUGGGGAAUCGAAGGAGCCCAACCUGAAGACAAGGAAAUCACAAAUAUUUGUGUGCCCCUCAUAACAGCCAAUGGAGCUGAUUUCAUGGAAAAUUCUGAAGUGUGUACAAAUACAUAUGCUGGAGGGACGGUGGUGGAAGGAGCUUCAGGAAUGGAGCUGACUACCAAGCUUGGAGCCGCGACAGGAUCCGGAGCCGCAGCAGGAUUUGGACUGGGCGUCUGUUCUACGGGACAAUCUGGAAUGAUGAGAACAAGGCAUUCCACUGGAGGAACCAAUAAGGACUAUAGUGAAGGGGCAAUAAACAUGAAUUUCCUGGAUUCCUACUUUUCUCAGAAAGCAUUUGCCUGUGCAGAGGAAGACGAUGGCCAGGAAGCAAAUGACUGCUUGCUGAUCUAUGAUAAUGAAGGAGUGGGUGCCCCCGGUUCUCCCGUAGGCUCCCUGAGUUGUUGCAGUUUUAUUGCCGAUGAGCUGGAUGACAGCUUCUUGGACUCGCUUGGCCCCAAAUUUAAAAAACUUGCAGAGAUAAGCCUGGGGGUUGAUGACGAAGCCAAACAAUCUUACACACCCACCAAAGACGGCGGUUCUGGGAUUGAAUCCUCUGGCUAUUCCGUAGAAGUCCAGCAGUCCGAAUCUGCUAGGUACCAGACUUUGUCAGGCAGUCAAGGAGCAUCCGCUUUGUCUGCUUCUGGCUCUGUCCUCCAACCAGCCAUUUCUAUCCCUGAGCCUUUGCAGCAUAGUAGCUUUGUGGUAACGGAGACUUACUCGGCUUCUGGUUCUCUCGCGCAACCUUCCACUGCAGUCUUCGAUCCACUUCUCACGCAAAAUGUAACAGUGACGGAAAGAGUGAUUUGUCCCGUUUCCAAUGUUCCUGGCAACCUACAUGGUCCGAUGGAGAUACGAGGGUCACGUACUAUGAUCUGUACAGAAGAUCCUUGUUCCCGUCUGAUAUGACCAGAAUGAACUGGAAUAACAUACUGGCCGAAUAUGGAUAUUUGGACCAAAUUAUUCAAAACAGCAUAGCAAAGCUCAAAGUAUUGGUCUAAUUUGGCACUUAUUAAUAACAGUAAACUGAUUAUGAUUUCAGUUUAAAUUUUCUAGUUCAUACCCCAAACCUGGUGUCACUCUUACUUCUCAAAUACUAUUCAAGUGGUAGUAAAUCUCAAUGUUUGUCAAAAAAUUCAGUGGGAUCAUAUCCAGCAGGAAAAUUUCCUAAGAAUUUUUAAACUUCUAUUUCUGCAGCACCAAAGAAAGGUGUUUAUCACUUUAAAAUGCAAUGUAUUUUAGUGGAUUAAGCACCUGGAGUCAAGAGCUCCAGUUUUUGUCUCUGUCACCUUUUUUAAAUAUCAUUAAUAUGAUGGAAGAGUCUUAAGGUCUUGGCUAAAGCAUUUUGAGCUGCUUGGAAAAAAGGAAGUAGUUGUAGUUGAGUUUUUGCCAUCUUCUUGGUGCUGGGAGACCCUACGCGCAUCUUCUGCUCAAGCUAAGGGCUAUUGGCUUAUGCGUUAAACUUGCUACAUCUCAUAUUCUCACAAUAAGCAAUUCUGAAAUAGAAAUAUCAUAGAACAUUUAGGAAAGUUUAGUAUGUGUAAAUAUUUUGGUUUUUUUUUAAAUCACCUUGAAAGCUUCUAUCCAAGGAAAAUAUUUUACCUUGAGCUCCUGCCUACACACUUCUCAGUAACAAAUCCCAUGUUAAUAUUCUUUGAAAAUUACUCUACUUUAAAUGUCAGUGGGUAGAUGUAAGUUACAUAUGACAUAUAAUGAUGCUUAUUAUGUUAACAGCAUCUAUAGACUUUGUGGGAAUACAAAACACGGCUUUUCUCAUAAGCAAAAGAGGCUUCUAACCAGAAUAACACAUGGGGAAAUUUGUCAAUAUGUAUUAUAAGCAGUAUUUCAGGUCAAAAAGGGAUAUGGAAAGGGAUUACUAGUAACUUCUAUUUUAUUAAAACUCAUGCCUUUUAAAUUAAACAGCUACAGCAAUUUAAUUCUUGAGCAUAACAAUGUUAGGUUAGCAAAGGUUUAGAAUGUAUUAUUUCAUGCAUGUUUCCAUGAUGGCAAUGCAGUUCUUCAAAUCAUUUCUGGUCAUUCAAGAUCUUCAGCCUUUUGCCCAUAGAGAGCACCCUACCUGCUUAUCGACCUUAUUGUCUUAGCUAAGUCUUUACAAAGUCAUUGUCCAGCUUCAUUAUCUCCGAUUGUACAUAAAAUACUCCUUUCUGGGUUUUGCCAUAUUCAAAACCUAUAUUUGUUUUUACAGAUGGAAUGCAAAGUAACAAAGUGUUUGUGUUUUAACCCAAAAAGGUGCAGUCCUGAGGAUACCAUGGGGGAAAGAGAACCCCUAAAUGUCCCUACAUCUAGCAUUCUUCCCUCUCCCUGGUGCCAUGACUACCAGGAAGGCAUGUGCUAGGACAGCCCAAGAAGUGCAGGCAGCCUAUUCUUCCAAGACAAGGCUGCUGCUGCAACAUAGCUGCAAUGUGCCCGUCCUGAGGUGGGGGGAACCAGACCCUAUGGAGCAGCCUGCUGGGUCCUCAGGAAGUCGCCUGGCUAUCACCACUAGAGCGUGUUCUCAAGAGAUGCUUGCUCUGGGGUCUAGAGCACACACCGUUGAUUUGUGCCUCUGUUUAUAUAUGAGAAUUAAGUUAACCAUUAUAAUAACCCUUCCAAGUUCAAAGCGUUUUCAGGAUCCUCAGAGUAUUUUAACAUUGCCUCUUAAAACCCAAGUUAUCACGAAAUGGGAAUUUUGCUGCAUUGUCAAACUGCAGAGGAAACCAUGCCAUAGUUGUAAAGGCUAUCUAAGGGAAAAAUUGAAAUUAAAUGUGUUUUAAAAUAAAAAUAGAUUAAUCUUGUCUAGGAGGACCUAAAAUUGAUUUGCCAUGUAAAAUUAAAUUUAAAGCAAAAUGUAUCUGUAUUUUUUCACCAAAAAUAAAAAUUGUUUUCAGCAGAAAAA